UGAUGUAUGGGACUGUGACCCUGCCCCCACAGGUGUCUCUGUCUCUCACUGCCAACCUUCAAAAAGGCUCAGCCAGGACUGUCCUCACACAAACCCUCAUCAGACUCCAUCCAAGAAGGAUAGCAUCAGACACCGGCCACGAAGAAUAGCACUGACACACACAGCAGGUAUGAAAAGUAGACUGAUCUUCCUGAUGACCAUUGUGAUUGGUUACCUCUCCACCGGGAUUAGAGGAGAUGGACAUUUGACAAGGCCGUCAGCCACGAACGUGAGCAUCACUCGAGAUGGCUGUGGUACGACCAAACUGUGUCUGGGCGAGGACGGCUGUGACCCUGCGGGCAACACUCUCUGCACUUUUGUGUCUGCGCAGUUGGUGAAUACCACAAAUGUGGAUGUGGCCUUUGAACUCUUUGGAAGUGCUGAAGGAUACAUUGCUGUGGUGCUCACAACCGAUCUGACUCAGGGGGGUGGUGUGGUGUUUGUUUGUUCCAGAGAUCCAUUCACUGCUACCAGGAACUUCCUUUUCCGUACGGCCAGCCAGAAUGGCACUGAUGGCAGCAUCACCCUAACCAACACGCCAAGAGUGGACUCGAUCACAUACAACUUCAACGGAAGUCUCAAUGGAACGUUCCACCAGUGCAGCUUCACUACCCGGAACCUGACCAGUGCUUUCACGAGGGCCAGCCUGGGAUUCCAGGUGUCUGUUGUCAGCGGUAUCGUUAAUGCUGAUGGGACAUUCAUGGCACCAUCCGGCCGCCUCUUCAACACCUCUGGCAUCGUGGACAUCGCCAAUCCCAUGGCUUUAUCAAUGACUGCAAGUCCCAAUGCCACAAACGCCACCACUGCCAUGCCUGCUACUGCCGUGACUACUGUAGCUAUGGCUAUGACAACCGAUGGUUGCCCUUCCCUCAUGCAUCCCCUGACCCAAGGAAUAACCAUCCUUGUGAGUAUCCUUGCUCUCCGCUUGCUUUGAAGCAGACACUGAGGAAGUCCUCAACAUCGAGCAGUUGCUGGGCCACUGCCAUUUUGAAGAGGUGGAGCAGACCUUACUCUGCCUUCUCCUGUUAUCUUGUGAUGUUGAUGCGCACAUGAAAGAACCCUCUUCUAUGAACAGAGACAUACCUGUGAUGAUACUCGUGUGUGUAUAUCUCCGUCUGUAUUAAUAGUAAUAUAACAAACGUGCUGUUUUAAUCCGUCAGUCUAGGGUGUGGGCUCAUCAGUUUACAGAAGGAAACUAAAUCUAAAGUGUGUGUGUGUGUGUGUGUGUGUGUGUGUGUGUGUGUGUGUGUGUGUGUGUGUGUGUGUGUGUGUGUGUGUUUGUGUGCGUGUGCGUGUGCGUGUGUGUGUGUGAAGUUUGCAGACCUAUUAAGACAUGACAAGACUGGUAAAAUGUUUACUGUAUUCUGAAUCCUUUGCUAAUGUUUUUAUGACUGCAGAAUCACUGAACUUCUUUUACUUUGUUUUAUAAAGACUCAUAUUACAGUUUUACGUGCAUUGUCAUCUUGUUGUUUCCUUAUUGUUUAUUGACAAAAAAA